AUGCUGCACAAAUUACUUCUGAAAUUGUUGAUAUUGAUUGUUAUACUGACAAGAGCGGUGGCAGCUCAAUCCCUGCCCAGUUGCCCGGAUAAAUGUGGGAAUGUAACAAUCCCAUAUCCUUUUGGGACGAAAGAAGGCUGCUACUUGAGCAAAUCUUAUUAUGUGAACUGUACAGACCAACAAAUCUCCGGCACCAACAUCACACUGUUGAACAUAUCACUAGAUGGCCUAAUGCGUGGCUCAUUACCAAUAGGCUAUCGUUGUUACAAUAAAAACCAUGCAAAAACUAGUCUGUCAGAACCCAUAAUAAGAUUGUCAAGAUUCCCAAUCUCAAGCACACGAAACCUCUUUACUACAGUUGGGUGUGAUGCUAGAUCCAACAUGAAGAUCAUUGAAGGUGAAGAAUACAUAACUGGAUGUCUAACAACGUCUAUAUGUAAUAUGUCAGUGAAUGGUCCGUGUUUAGGUAUGGGUUGCAGUCAGGUUCUGGUCCCUUAUAACGUGACAAGUUUUUGGAUCCAUGCACAAAGCAACACAAAAGUGCAUGUUGGCGAGUGGAAGUUUGAUAAGUGCGUAUACGCAUUUCUUGUUGAAAUUGAUCGCUACAGCUUUCAUGUAACUGAUUUUGAUAUGAUGCUCAAUCGGUCUUUUCCAGUGGUUUUUGAAUGGUCGGUUGGGAAUAAAAGCUGUAAAGAAGCUCAAAAGAGUGGUAGAGAUUAUGUUUGCAGUGACAAUAGUCUAUGCAUCGACGCUCAGACUGAUUUCAAUAAAAGUUAUGAAGGAUAUCGUUGUCAAUGUGCUCCAGGGUAUCGGGGAAACCCUUAUCUUCCAAACGGGUGUCAAGGAUCUCAAAAUGACUGCAUAUAUGACUGUACUAACACAAUUGGAAGCUACAACUGUCAAUGUUUCUUUGGGCAGCAUGGUGACGGUAGAAAAAAUGGGAGUGGCUGCAGUUACUCGGGAGGGUCCCUCUUUGCCUGCAUUAGCAUGGUCUCUGCAGCAUCCGUUGUGCUUACACUUAUCCUAUACAGAGGAAUUAAACAGAGACGCCUUAUAAAGAGUAGGGAGACAUUCUUCAAGAAAAAUGGAGGUUUAAUUCUACAAAAACUAAUCUUCGAACCUAAACAAUCUUCCCAAGUGGCAAAGAUUUUUCCGGCAGGAGUUCUUGAAAAGGCAACCAAUAACUUUCACAAAACAAAUGUCAUCGGUCAGGGAGGAUAUAGUACAGUCUAUAAAGGUAUACUAGCUGAUAAAACUGUGGUUGCCAUCAAGAAAUACAUGUCCAUCGACCAGAACCAGAUUGAGCAGUUCAUAAAUGAGGUGAUCGUUCUAUCAAGAAUUAGCCACCCAAAUGUUGUCAAACUCGUGGGUUGUUGUUUAGAGACACAAACUCCCCUGCUGGUUUAUGAGUUCGUAACUAACAAGACCGUCUUUCAACACCUACACGAACACGACUUUGUUUCUUCAUUGACAUUUGAAAGACGCUUAAACAUAGCCACACAGACUGCAGAAGCCCUUGCUUAUAUACACUCAACCACACAAAUCGUUCACAGAGAUGUCAAAUCAUCAAACAUAAUUUUGAAUGAUGACUUUACUGCUAAAGUGUCUGAUUUUGGCAUCUCAAGAUAUAUUCCUUCUGAGGAGACUCACAUACAAACAUUGAUCCAUGGAACUCUUGGGUACAUAGACCCUGAGUACUUCCGAUCAGGAACUUUUACAGAGAAAAGUGACAUUUAUAGUUUUGGCAUGGUUCUUGUUGAGCUUCUAACGGGAAAAAGGGUAUUUUCACAUGGUGGAACUGAAAGUGACAUGGGAUUGGCAACAUUAUUUGUUUCUUCACUAGAAACUGGUUUCUUGAUUCAAAUUCUUGAUAAUAAAGUCAAGGAAGAUGGGCUCGACGCGCAUAUCAUAAAAAUUGCUAACAUCGCAAAAGACUGUGUGGAGCUAGAGGGCAAGAAGAGGCCUAACAUGAAAGAAGUGAAAGAGAAACUCAAAGAACUAAGUCUAUCUUACCUAAAGAAUUCUCUCAUCCCCAAGAAAGUCAAAUGAUGACCAUGACCAGCUUAUAUAGUUUGACAUAUAAAAGUCAACCUAAUUUGCUGCACUAUGGCUGCAAAAAUCUGUAGAGUCUUUUACUUAUUUGCCCCAUGUAAUGCAUUACAAUAUGAGAUAAGUUCUAAGGUCACUGUAUCUAUAA